CUGACAUCUCCUGACUCGUCCCUGCCGAACCUCACAACAAUCAAAGUACAUUCAAGACAUUGAACCAUCAUGUCUCCAAGCGCCCAAGCACCGCCAACCAUAAUCUCCGCCUCGCAAACCCCAGAAGAAGAGCGCAACAUCACCACCGCAAAACAAUACAUGACCAUCGCCUACUCCCCGACCGAGAACCACGGCGCCGAGUCCGUCCGCCACCUCUGCCACCCAGACAGCUGGUUCUGGAGCCCCUCCACCUUCCCGGGCUGUUCCACCCCGAUGGACUACGCCGACUCGCACGCCACCGUCAUGAAGUCGGUCAACGACCUGCACAUUGUGCGGUACGACCAAGCCUGGGCCAAGGACGGCCACGUCCUGCUGCGGUACACCGCCGAGGGGUCGCAUGCGGGGGCGCCGUACAAGGGAAUUGAGAGGUCCGAUCCCCCCAAGCGGGCGCAGUGGAGCGCGGCGGCCAUCUUUGAGAUCAGCGACGGGAAGGUCAAGAGCUUCACGAAGGAUUGGGAUCAGAAGGUUAUGCAGAUUCAACUAGGUUGGGCGCCGGUGAAGGAGUCGGAGGAUCCGCGGUGGAAGGCGGAGAUUCUGGCAAAUGCUGAGAAGGGGCGGCAGGCGAAGUAG